CUCCAUCCCUCUGUGACUCAGACGGUGUGUCUGGAGGAGAGCGGAUGGAUGGGAAGGAUCCGUCUACGGAGCUGAGACGUUUCUUCUGGUUGGUCUGAAGAGGAGCUCCAGCUGCUCCGUCUCUAAGCUCCUCUCCGUCCCACUCAGGGGGAAUGAAUGGGGAGGCGAUGGAGGGGAAUCCAUCCCAGCAGCAGCAACAUGCCGGUAACGGCUCCCACUUCCCUCCCCCUCCCACCAUCACCCCGGCCAUACCCCCCUACGUGAAGCUGGGUCUGACCAUCGCCUACACCAUCUUCUACUCGCUGCUGUUCACCUUCGUCUAUGCCCAGCUCUGGCUGGUGCUCCGCUACCGACACAAGCGCUUCAGCUACCAGACGGCCUUCCUGUUCCUGUGUCUGCUGUGGGCCGCCCUCAGAGCCCUCCUCUUCUCCUUCUACUUCAGAGACUGUGUGACCGCCAAUGCACUCGGACCCUUCGCCUUCUGGCUGCUCUACUGCUUCCCGGUCUGCCUGCAGUUCUUCACUCUCAGCCUCAUGAACCUCUACUGUGCACAGGUUUACUUCAAGGCCAAGUCCAAGUACACACCUGCCCUGCUGAAGUACAGACUUCCUCUGUACCUGGUCUUCCUGGGGGUCAGUUUCAUCUUCCUGGUGGUGAAUCUGGUCUGUGCCCUGCUGGUGAAGAUGACUGCUGCCGACGUGAAGACCAUCGUCCUGGUGAGGGUGACCAUCAACGACAGCCUGUUCGUCCUCUGUGCCAUCUCGCUGUCCGUCUGUCUGUACAAGGUUACCAAGAUGUCGCUGGCCAACAUCUACUUGGAGUCAAAGGGGACGUCGGUGUGUCAGGUGACUCUCAUCGGCAUCAUGGUGGUGUUGCUGUACGCAUCUCGAGCCUGUUAUAACCUGGUGGUGCUCGCCCUGACCGACAUCGAAACCAUCAACUCCUUUGACUACGACUGGUACAACGUCUCAGACCAGGCAGACCUGCGUUCGUCGCUGGGAGAUGCCGGCUACGUCGUGUUCGGAGUGAUUCUGUUCGUGUGGGAGCUGCUGCCCACCUCGCUGGUCGUCUUCUUCUUCAGGGUCCGACGACCUCCUCAGGACAGGAGCACCGCUGGGAUACCAAACCACAUCCUCUCCUCCAGAGGAUAUUUCUUCGACAACCCUCGUCGGUACGACAGCGAUGAUGAUCUGGCGUGGAGCAUUCCUCCCCAGAAUGCAUCGGCAAGUCUUUCCUCGGACUGUUACGACUGGGGCAGCCGCCACAGCAGCUUCACCGUUCACACUAACAGUGACGAACAGCGCCUGACCGCUGCUGCCGGAGAGCUCCACCCUUACCCAUGAUCCUCCUGUCCUCUGUACAGCACCACUCUGCACUAGUCGGUUGUUGUGUUUGGUUCUAUCACUGGUGUAGAGGUUUGUAGAGCCACAGCAAAACAGGAAAAGACACAACUGGGUUCCUACAUAGAUUAUUAUAGUCAGGUUUCUAUGAUACUGUGUGACAGUAAAGGACUGAUCCGAAGAUCGUAACACUUUAUUGGUCCCAUACUUUCCAGCUAACUUCCUGAAAACCGGCUCCUCAUCAUUUAUAAAGCUUGACUUGAUUAUUGGCAUUUCUGGGGCAUAUUGGUGGAAUUGCAUUCGCUUUAGGAAAGAGAGAUGUUGAUGUCAAUUUAGGAACUAUUUUUCACUGAUUUAAUGUUUUCAUACUUUCCAAGCUUUGCCUUAAAAUAUUAAGCAUAACAACCUUUCUCAUUUUCCUUUAUAAUUAUUUGGAAUUUACAUUUUCAUGUUUGAUCAUUUUGAUGAAAAUAGAAGGAAAUUUGCUGGAUAAUACAAUGCUAGUAAAUGAAAGCAUUACCAGAAAGCCUUGGUAAUAGAUCAAAAUACAAUACCAAGUAAAGCUGCAAGCGGCGUUGGUCGGGUCCUCGCAUCCUUGCGGUUCCACUAUCCCACACAUGUCCACCAGGUGGCGCUGCAACUGAGAGUGUAUAUCGGCCUAUGGAUGUGAUGAGGGCCAGACUCUGAUCACACAUGUGAAGUUUGAGGCAGAUUGGAGCAUGUAGAGGACAGUUAGACAGCACUUCCUGUUUGAUGGCAAAGCAUCCAAAACCGCCACAUUCCGUGGGUUGCCAUUUCCAUGCCCUCAGACAUUUGCCGAGCAUUUUCAUAACUUUUGAUCACCCAUGCCUGGAGUACAUCCUGGCCAAAUUUGAGCUCUCUCAGGGGUUACCCUGUUUGAGUUUAUAGCUUUUGAAAAUGUCCAAAAUUGACACAAAAUCAUCCAAAAUAUGAAUUAUAAUUCAAAAUGGCCGACUUCCUGUUGGGUUUUGGGUAUUGGUUCAAGAGGUUUUUUUUCUCUUGCACCAAUAUAUGCGUACUGAAUUUCAUAGCUGUAGGUGACACAUGGUCCAGGGGCUGAAUUUUCAGAAUAUUCCAGGGGGUGCUGCUGAGCCAUUUUGGCACACACGUGUUCCAUUCCCCUAAAAUAUAAAUUUCUUCUGCCGGUCCUGGUGUGUGUGCAAAUUUUCAGGCGUUUUCAAGAAUUUUUAGGGUGUCAAAAAUGUGUUUCUUCCAUCCGAAAAAAAAAGUAAUAAGUAAAGUAAUUCCUUGCAUUCCACUAACAGUAGAUCUUUAAAUUUCUCUAUAAUUGUUUGGAUCAGGAUUUUUAAUCAAAGCAUUUGGAGGCAGUAUGGAGACCAACAGAUGUGUAAACCCAAAUCCUAUUACCUAUUACUAUUUAAAUUUACCAUGGUGACCCUAAGGACGACGUAUCAUAAAAUUUUGAGACAGUAACAUCAAAAACUUGCAACCAACUACAUUAUAACUGUAAUGAAAUAUGAAGAUAUUUCCUGUGAUUCAGGUUGUGGAUGCUGGUUUGAACUGAGUUCUUAGGAGUGGUUAAAAUGAAAGAGCUUUGCAGGAAUUUGGUCCUAAACUUUUCCCAGACUAACACCGUGUAGGAACCCUGCUCCAGAGAAUGCUGAGUCAUACUCUGUAGAUGAUGUCGUGGUGUAUCUUUAAAGAAUGUGUCUUUAUUAUUUGAGGAGUAUUUCAAUCAGGACUACUCAGGUAUGAAUCUGACACUCUGCCCCUUUUAUCUAAAGCAAGUUUUGUUUGGUGCAUUUCAUUUACAGGAGAAAGAAAAUAGAAAAGUGUUCAAAUGAAAAUGACACAAACAGAGAAAAUAGAGAUUAGUUUGUGUUCAGCCCCACCUGGACGUGAGUCCUCUGACCCUCACAGCUUUAAGAUUGUAAAAUAAAGACUGUAAUUGAUGAAUGUAAUGCCAGAUAUUACACUGAGGUUUCUAACUUGGUUCUUGGUCUUAACAAAAACAGAAAGAUGAGAUUAGCACCAACACAGCCAGGAUGUUCCUACAACCGACUUUUUGCUGAACUACGGUUUGUGACUUUUCACAAUUUUUCCAUGUAUUUUAUUGCUUUACUGUCAGUCCUUUCCAGCCAACCAAUCAUAUGUCAGAUGGGCUGGGAUGUAUCACCAUGGAAACACAGAAAAGAGGGGAGAAGCUUUAAACAUGUUGUAACAGGAUUGUAUUUAACCCAAACUGGGCCAUUUUCCUCAACAUAACCUAGUAAUCUUGGCGCCUAAACUAAUCUAACCUUUUUCAGUAUCAGGAGGUGUAGAGGGUGAACAGGAAAGGUGGCAGUACAGUACCAUGGGGUGUGAUAGUAUUGCAUGUCGCCAUAUCAGACAGGCAUCCAUGCAGCCUGACAUACUGCGGUCUUCCUGUCAGGUAGUCCGAGAUCCAGGCCAUAAGGUCCUGGUCCACAUGCAUCACAGAGAGUUUCCCCACCAACUCGAGCAGCCACACCAAGUCGAAACAGCUGGAAGAAUCAAAAAGCAUUGUGACUUAUCCAGGUGAGAAUAAGCCCUGUGAAGCAUGCAGACCAGGGCAUCCUCCAUACAAGUGUCUGCCUGGUACAUUAAAGCCACUGGGGCCACCGGGACUAUGCAGGAUGUCUUCCAGAUCUUUGGCACCUUCUUCAGCCUUAGGGAGAGGUUGAAAGCUGUGUGAAGGCUCCUGGUAGUUGCUUGGGUUGAUGUUGCCUGGUCCUCUGGCCUCGCUGGUUCUGAUCCUUGAGAGUUCCCGUCCCACUUGACUGGUCCUGAAGACUGGGAGGGUUUGAGGUGGAGCGGGGUUUGGAUUGGACUGCUGUCUGGUCCAGGCUCCUGUCCAUCAUCAUCUUUCCCUUGGAUGGAGAUGGAGGUGUUGCUCCUCAGGGUCUGGGUGGCGUCUGAUGGAAGGGAGCACCAGCCUGGUCUGUGGCGUUGCAGUAAGGGGAGUGUGGGUGAGGGUUUCGGGGGAGAUGGAUGAGGCCACGUCCUUUCUCAGCAAGCUAAGCCUGUUGAAAACAGGUUUGUCAGCGUGCUCCUUUGUCUCCUCUACAGCUCCUCGGGGGCCUCGUCAUGCCAGUCUUGGUCCAGCAUUGGGGGGUUGCGUCAGAAGGUCCAAGAUAGUGUAGCGGAUGACGUCUUAAGCAGCCUGGGUGGCAGUAAACUCUGGAGGCAGACAGUAUGGCCUCAAUCCCAAAGGUAACAGUUCAACAUCAGGCAAACAGACCUUUCCUUUCACUGUCACAUGUCUCUGGUUGCUCCAUUUGUUGUUGAUGAAGACAGCGAGACCUGCGCCGGGCUUCUCACCCCUUUGUUUGUCUCUGUCCGCCCAGUUACAGUCAGGUACCUUCUGAACUCCCGAUACUAAUGCUGUCCACCUGUAAGGACUGAGAGUUCAUCCAUUUUGUUCAGCAGUGACCGUACAUUCCCCAUCAGCACCUCAGGAAGACAGGACUUGUAUCUCCACCUUCUUUCUCCUCACCAUUGACCCUGCUCAAUUGCCCCAUUGUCUUCUCCAUAGUUCCUUCAGGAUCUCUUUCGGACAUGCGGCUGACUGAUUUUUGAGUCGAAUUAGCUCCUCUCAUGUGUACAUCUCAGGCUGUUGUUGUCCCGUGGUGCUAGCGGUGUCUGUUGUUGUUGUUAGCACUGAAACGUGCUACAAAGUAGCGGUCCAUAAAUAAAAAGUGCUCCCAACGAACACAAUCAGUGUUACAGAAGCAUCAGUGCUGUUGAAUAUAUACAGUCAUGGACCAAAGUAUUAACACCCCUGGAAUUUUUCCAGAAAAUACACCAUUUCUCCCAGAAAUUGUUUCAGUUACAAAUGUUGUUGGUGUACACGAGUUUAUUUCCUUGAUGUGCAUUGGAAAAACAAAAAGCAGAAAAAAAAAGCCAAAAUUAAUAUAAUUUUACACAAAACUCAAAAAAUGGGCCAGUCAACAUUGUUGGCACCCUCAACUCAAUAUUUGGUUGCACACCUUUUGGAAGAAAUAACUGAAACCAGUUGCUUCCGAUAACCAUCAACAAGCUUCUUACACCUCUCAAAUGGAGUUCUGGACCACUCUUCUUUUGCAAACUUCUGUAUACCAAAAACAUUUGUAAUUGCAACAAUUUCUGGGAUAAAAAUAUUUUCUGGAAAAAUUCCAGGGGUGCCAGUACUUUGAUCCAUGACUGUAAGAGUUUCGGUGUGGUGCUGGAUGAGUCAGUUCCUUCUAGUCUGAGGAAGGGUCUGAGCCAGAAACUGGUGGAUUUGGGGUGAGAUGCUUUCGCAGUAGAAGGUGUUGAAAUGUCUCAGAACCUUCAGUGAGAUGGACAGAUGGGAAGAUGCAGAAUCAGCAGUAAAGUAGGCUUUGUCCCGGACCGUGAUGGUCAAGAGGAGCUGCCAAGUUACCAGUCGACCUGUUUCAAACCUGAAAGAAUAAAAUCUCUGAUACAAACAGCCCAUAGUGAGGUUUAAUGUAGGGUGUCUGGACUCAGCCUUAGAGAUAGGAUUAGACAUCUGGAAGGAGCUCAGAGUAAAGCUGCUGCUCCUUCAUACUGACAGGAACUAACGGAGACGUGGUCUUUACUGCGGUCCGAUUCGUUUUAGAUAUACACUGGAAAAAAUGCCCUUCUCAAAACAAGAAAAAAACUUAUUUCAAGGAACUUUUACCUUGAAAUAAGUGAAAAAAUCUGCCAACAGAAAAAGUGAGAAAUGGCUUGGUAAGAUUUCUUGAAAUAAGAUAUGAUAUUUAGAAUCUUGAGAUCUGGGAAAACUUAUUUUAAGCUCUAUUUUACCAGGAUUGUCAAGCUUAGGUGUCUUAAAAUAAGCCAGACAUGUUAAAAAAAAAAAGAGCAGUUUUUCACUCAAAAAUAGAUUUUUGCUUCCAUGUAACCUCCUAAUUUGAGAUGUAAUAACCCUCCUGCUGUCUUCAUUUACAGGCACCAAAAAAUAUUGUUUCCUUGUCUGAAAUUUUUUUUAAAAAAAUCAGCAAAAAAAAUCCCCCAAAUUUCUGAAAAUUUGCAAAACCUUCAGGAAGAAAAUUCCAAUAAUUCCUUAGAAGUUUUAUUUUAAAAAAUCCACCAAAUUUGGCAAGAAAAUUCUUGUAAAUAUUUUCAAAAAAAUGAGUAAAAAUCUUCCAAAAAAUCCUAAAAAUAUGUAAAGUGAUUACAUACAUAUCAAUAAAAUUUCUAAUAUUUUCUGAAGAACAUUCACAUAAAAAAAUCAACCAAAAUCCAGCAAAAUUCGCUGGAUUUUGGUUGAUUUUUAUGUGAAUGUUCUUAAGAAGCAUUUUUAACAUUUUUUUUCCACCAAAAAAUGUUCAAAGAUUUCCCAAAAAUGUUGAAAAUGUGGACAUCAGAAGUUUCACUGUGAAAUUAUUUUUUGUCCCCACAUUUUCAAACUUUAAAACAGGUUAAUCUGACCCGCAGGACGACACGAGGGUUAAACUUAUUUUGAAUUUUCUUGUAAAAUUCAACUCAAAACAAGAUAAUUUCAAGAUUGUUUGACUUAACAAGAUAUUUAAGAUGCAUCGUCUUAAAACAAGUCCCUCUAUGUUGCUGAAAUGUCACUUGUUACGUGAAUUUAUCUUAAAUCAAGUGGGAUGAGACAUUUUGAUUAAAAACAAGACAAGUAGAGUUGGUAGGAUUUUGAGUUUUUGCAGUGUAGUUGAUUCUUUCCUGCCCUGAAUAAUCCUUGAAAAACUCCUCAGGGCGUUUCUGUUCACAUAAUUUUGUCAAAACCUCAGAUGUAAAGACUGUCACCUGAUUGGACGUGAUCAAUCAAUGUAAAUAUCAACAAGCAGACAACCGAUCACUUCCUGUGUUGUACAUCCACGUUUCUAAGUCUUUUAUAACAUGUUGAGUCUUCAUUGAACUUCCUGUUGAAUGAAAAUAAAUAGUAGCUGUUAACUAAUUCUCAUUUAACACUGACUUGUUGAACAGAAGUGAUGGAAACUGAAUGAACGAGAAGCUUCAGAACCAACCCGUCAAUGAGUUCUGGUUGAAACGGAUCUUGUUUCGCAGCAUUCACAUUUCUGUACUGAUGCUCUGGAAAAAGCCUAAACUCUAUAUUUGUACCAGAAGCAGGUUUUGUAAGUUCUUUGUACAGCUGGGAUGAUGUAUUUUGUCAUUGAGCUCUUUUGUGUUUGUGGUUUGUGUGUUUGUGAUGUGAUGACAAAAAAAGAACAACAUUAAAAAGACAAGUUGUUGACUAUCAGGACAAAA